UAUACGGAAUUUCAAAGUCGCGGAAAAUCGCGAGUAUCCGUGAGGGAGAGAGAAAGAGACAGCGAGCGAGUGGCCGAUGAAAAUUCCGCGGCGGGUCGGACGACCGAGUGUGCAAGUAGGAAAAGUGCAAUGGCGAAUCGGGCAGAGUAAACAAACAAGUUCCUAUUGAGCGAUAUCGAGAUGGAGUGGGACAAGCCACCUCCGCCGCCGCAUCCACCGCCAAAACCCCGACGAACGCGAUCCCGGCAGAAUGUCCUGCACUAUGAGUCCUUGCCCACCGCUCCGCCGGCGAUGUGCGGUCGCACGGAAGAGAACAUUUUCCAGUUUCCGGCGGUGGCCUCCCGUGCCCGCAAUCUCUCCGCCUCCCCUAAAUUCGAGAGGAGAGAGGCCAAGGAUCUGCCCGUUUGCGAACUGGGUAAGCACUCUUGCUCCAAGUGCCAGCCCUAUCGGGCGGAUCGGGGCACCAUCGAACCGCUGAAAACUCGCCUCAACUCGGCAAUUGAAGCCAUGGAUGAGCUGACUCGCACGUACGCUUUGCUGGAGGGAUUUCUGGAGCACCGACUAGCCACCAUCACCGACAACGAGGCGGGUGAACGGGAAGCUGAGCUGACAGUUGUUGAUGAUGACGAUGUUCCUUCCACUAGUCAAGUUGCCAAUCAGCAUCCACCCACCAAGCCGCCUCGCUCCAACAAUACUGACCAUCAGUUCGAUCUGGAGCACUCCCUUACCUGGCUAGAAUCUCUGAUGGGCACUGAGGUGGUGCCGCCCUUCAAGCAGGGAAAGUUUAAACGUAUUCGCGAGCGUAGCAAGUCCAUGAUGGAGGAGGACAUAAACGUGUUCAUGAAGGGCGAUCGUCCCAGUCUAAAGCUGAGCUCCUCGCGACCAUAUAUCCUGAGGCGUCAAAGCACCUACAGCGACAACAAGGCCAAGGUGUCCAAGUGGACCAAGGUCAAGGCCGCCUUCAAGUGGGAGCGGGCAAAUGUGCCGCCUUCGGGACCAGGUGCUCUGGAAAACCACGUCUUGAUGCCACUCAACCAUGAGGUGGAGAGAUACCUCAAGGUGCCCAUUAGCGCGGCAGCCGGCAGCAGUUCCGCGGACAGCAUCAUCAGCUCCUCCUCUGGUCAUAUUAUGAGUGAUACGGGUGGGACACCUGGUACCAUCAGUUCGGCCAGCUCCAUGGAUGAUCUUGAGGCCACCACCCGACAGAAUUAUCGUCGUGAUUCCUCUAAAAGUGAUACCCGCUGCGAAUCCCGCGACUCCAACUUUGAGGUGGAGUUACGAAAAUCCGCUACUGACGAACGCCUGGACAAUAUUAAAUCUUCAGCUCCGCCACUACCAAUCAAAUCAUCAUCCAGCAAGUCAUUGCGAAGGUCGAAAGCCUUCUCCGACUUUGAGGUCCUGCCAGAGGAUCAUGUGGCGGAGAUUAAGGCUACCAGCAGUCGUCGACAAAAGGUGCCACCGAGUCCACUGAAUCUCAACCAGGUGAACCAGAUGUAUAGUGAUCUGCCACAACUGCACUCUCCGCUCAAGAGUCCCAAGGAUUCGCGCAUGCGUCGUGUCCAUUCGCCGGGGACCUCCUCGGUGCCCAGCAGUCCUUCCAGGCAAUCGGAUUUCUUUGGUGAAUUUGAGAGCGAGGAUCUAUCCAGUGGUGAUUUCUCGGAACCCACUACGCCAAACUGUAAGAAUUUCCCACAGAACGCCGAUGACGAGAUAUUUCAACAUUAUCAACUUCUCGUACUCAAACUAGAUUCAGAGUUUAAGGGCAAGCAACUCGAGUUAGAGCGUUCCAGCGCCAGCAACCGCAGUGUCAAACUGGGAAGUGGAGCAGCCGGAGGAGGAGCUGGUAGUGGAAAGCGCAGCAGCGAGGAGCACUCGCCCACCCAACUGUUGCACAACGAACUCAUGUCCACAGCCCAGCUGGAGCAGAAUCUUACCCCACAGUUCAAAAAGAAGCUAACCAAGUGGCGGGCCAAGCAGCAAAAUUGCUCUGCAGGAUCAAUCACCUCAUCAGAACCAGCAGCAAGUCCCACGGCCAAGAGCCAAAGUGGGGAUGUUAAGCCCAAGAUUGACUGGAAUCUGUGGAGCAUGGGUCAAGUGAAGUUGGAGGGCCAAGGAUUGUGCGCUUUGCCUGAUCAGAAGGAUCUGCCCGAGAAGUUUCAGAAGAAGUUGGAGCAGUGGAAUCGGUUGAAGUGCGCUCCUGGUGGCGGCACUACCUCGGACAAUGACUCCCUGAAGCGAGGAUCCAAGCACAGUCAGAGUACAAGAAGGGGAUCCGAUGACGAUCGAUGGUACAAGCAUAGGCCGCACGAGAAAGAGAAAUUGUCCCGCCUAAAGGCCAUUGUGGUACCGGAUCAUACCAAGAAAAUUGAGGUCAAGACUUCGGAUGGAGAGGUGAUGAAGUUUGAGGGCAUCUCGAGGAAGUUCACUAGGAAGCUUUACGAGUGGGAGAAAGCUAGGGGAAUCGGGCCGGAAGCAUCCACGUUUGCCCUGCUGCAUCCUGGUUACUGUCCCAUAGAUGUGAGGCGCAUCAACAAGGAGUGCAAUAAAGUGGCAGCGGAUCACUCCCCGACUCUCAGCCGUUCACUGUCCCUUGACAGUGUGUCACCCAACUGCAACCUGGCCCAGGCCAUCUCCCAGCAGGCUUCAUCCCUUUCUCUAAACGACGUCAACGAUCUGAAGGAAGUCGAGGACACCGACGCCCUCACCGAUCACGAGUUCAAAAAGUACGACGAGCCGGAGGCUGUGAUGGUGGAGGUGGAGGAGCACAUUCAUGACACCGCCUCUCCACUGGUCACCGCUCACACUCUGGUGGAGCAGCAGACGCCCAUAUAUAAGUACGAGGAGGUGCAGUGUAACGACUAUGUCAAUUCGCGUCGCGUCCAGAGCUUUGAGUCCCACACAAAUCUGGCCCCCUUGCUGGGAGCACUGAAACGUGCCGAUGAGCUGUUUGGCCAACUGAAGAAUGCUUCGCCCGAUCUGCUAGAACACCCGUCCAUGCGGGACUGCCAGGCCGCAUUACUUAGCAUUCGUAGCAUUUAUCCGUACUACUCCAACAACCUGAUGAGGGCGGGCGUGCUCAACGCCAUAUCCGAUGUCCAGAGCGAACUGGGACGACUAACCGAGCUGAGCCAAAAAUCGCCUUUGGACGAAGCCUGCUGCCAAGAAACCAUGCAAGAGCGAACGCUGGAGUAUCUGGAGGAACUCCAAGGACUGUAUGAAUGCCUGCAGUGCCUUAAGCUGAGUAUACAGGGUGGAAGCAACCGGUAUCCCCGAGACUUAGUGCCGGAUAUUAACAUCACCAGCGAGGAUGGGCAGCAGUUGGACUCCAGUUCGGCCUAUGCCACCUGCGACAACUCCAGCCGGGAUCGAUUGGCUCAGGAUGACAACAGUGCUAGUGCAGCUUCACCGAUGGAGCAUGAAACGGAGACUAGCACCACAACGGGCACUUUGUGCCGAUCCAGUUUGCCCACCGUGAAUGCCAAUCCGAUUGCCAAUAAUGGUGCAACCAGUGCAAGUGCUUCUGCUAAGAAAAAACUGCUGCGACUGCGAAAAAUGGGUUCCCGGCAGAACAGCAAGACGGAGAGCGACAGCAGCGAUGCGGAUACCCACUCAGUUUUGGAGACACCGCGCCGAUUGCGCCGCAAGAAUUUCCGGCUGAAGCAGCGUUCCUUGGAUGAUGACUUCCGGUUGAGCUCGACGACAAAUGAACAUGAUGUGGCUACUGCCAGAGAAGACAUAGUCUACGGGUCACUGAAGGUUAAGCCAGGCGAACUCAUUGAGCAGAGUCAGUGCGUGGCACCUGCUCCAGUGCACCUCGUUUUACAUGAUCCAUCUUUAUCUUCCUCCGCAUCCACCACUCCUCUCACUUCAACCACUCCUUCCUCAAUAGUUACUCCACCCACAAAGCUGGGAGCCUUUAUUCCUCCUCCUCUGCCGGAACACAAUCGAACAUACAACACUAAUGCCAAUGUCUUCGUGAAGACCAAACGGAAACUCUUCACUACUAUCCCAAAACCAAGCGCCGCGGAAGGCCUAGCUGUGAUAGAAAAGGAGCUGGACAGUCCCACGGAGGAGAAAUCGGAAAAGGUGGACAGACCUGGGAAGUCAAGAUGCCCUCUCAAGCCCCUUAAUCUGUACAAGUCCAUUAGUUUGGACCGUAUAACACAACCGCCCAGCAAAGAAGAACUCCGGAAAUGUCAAAGUAGCGAACACUUCCGGCGGGGAAUCCUAUUUGUGCGACCGCCACUGGCUAGUGAUAGCAUCGAGAGAUUGUCCAAGAAACAUCAGGAGUUAAACAAUCCUCCAGUUCCGCCUCGGAAAGCUCAUCUUUACAAGAAAAACUCUUUGCACAAGUCACACAGUGCAAAUGCGAGCAACAAGAUUGAGCACAAGAUAGCCAAGACUAGCUCAGGACCCAGUUUCUCCCGGGUGCAUCCUCCGCCACCGUCGCCUGUUCCGCUAACUCUACCCAAUAAACAAGAUAACACUCUGCCACGAAUCCAGCGUAAACAUCCCAAUACUCCAACCAAGGCCAAGCAGUUCGAGUUUCCGCCACCUCAGAUUCUUGCGCCGGAACGUCCAGUCACUCCUCUUUCGGAGAGAGCCAUACGCCUCCAGUUGGCCAAGGCGCAGUUUCUUCAAAGUGCUCCAGUUACUCCCCGCCAGGGUCCCCAAACUCCAACUAAGGCAACGGAAUCUGUGGUGCUCCAAAAGAGCAUCAGUGCGGGCAGCAUGAGGGGUGGAGCAGGGGGAGGAGCAGCUGUCCAUGAGGCGGCACAGCAACAGCAUUAUCAUGACACAUCCACGGAUCAGGAAAGUGUGGGCCACUCCAGUGCCUACGAUAGUUUGCCCAGAGCAGUGAGCCGAAGUGCCAAGAUUUCUAGUAAACUGGGAUUCGCCACUUUAACAUCAAAGUUACGAAGGGGCAACAAAAAGCCCAAGAAUCCACCUCCUAGUCCUGGUAGCGCCUUAUCCGCCCUGUGUCGGCAAACCCUAAUGGCCGAUGUCAUAGCCAUACCACAGGCUUUCGGAACGGAGAAGCCUCCACCAAGUCCCACAGGACGAAAUGUCUCAAAGUCGCAGAGCACGCCGCAGGCUGCUGGACCUUCGAAUAUCAAUUUCGAAGGGAUUCCCAAGUCGCUGAGCGAACAAUAUGUCCGCCAGCUCAAGGAGAGCGACGUCUAGUCAGAUUCCCAGUCUCCAGUCCAGAAUCUAGUCAUAGGAGCAAUCUAUAAAAUCGUUGUACGAGAUAAGCGCGUGCAUUUUGGGGUCAACCCGAAUUAAUUAUUUAGAUGUUGGCACAAAAGAUGUCAGGUUCUCAGAACUCAUCAAUAUUUCUUUUUUUGUACGUUAAUAAUUAGCGACCGUGUGCAGUAAAGUUGAGAUACUCAACGAGCCAUUUGCGAAGCAGAAUCAGAUUGAUCUGCGUAAAAUCAAAAAUCCAAAUCUAAGGUGUAGUCACUAAAUCCACAUUUUUUGUUUACGAAACAUGCAAUUACCUAUUUUUAUAUCUAACCAAAUAUAUUUUAAAUAUAUGUACAUUUUAAAAAU